AUGCGGGAGUCCCGGACAGGGCUCGGCUGGCCCGGGCUCGGCCCCCCUUCGCCCGCGGGCCCGGGCUCUUUCACGGAGGCGGGGCGCGUCCCGGGUAGGCCCGGACGUCUGUCCGCAGCGGUGGUCGGCUUCUGCGUCAUGUUCAACCUAUGGGAGUACAUUGCAGAGCAGCUUUUGAGCACGCAACGGUACAUCCUGGAGUCUAAGCACAGAGAUAGAGUCCACAGGACGAAAGACGAGGUCAGGGAGGAUAUGAUGAAGAUUCUCGGGGAUAUCAAGCUCGUACAGUCCGCCCUUGGCCGAGACCGUCGCGACGAGCGCGAUGACGACAUCGUGAAUGUGGAUAUAGAUGUGGAGCCUCGGGUCACGUACAUUCAGGUUCCUUCGGGCAUCGUCGACGUUGAUGGGGCAGUUGCGCUGUCUGGCAUGAGCUUGGACACAGGCUUGGCCUUCUGCUCUGACCCUGCUGCCGCGUUCCCGUCGGCGGAGCCCCAGUUUGUCAUUGCAGGCGUCGCUGGCUUUGCCCUGCUGGUUGCGGGCCGCGCCCGUGCAUGCCUCGACCGGGGCCUGUCCGCGCGCCGGGCCGCGGCCAGUUGUCGCCCAGCGGCGCUUAGGGAGGAGCUGGCAGCGCGGGACGCUGCAGUGUCGGGGUUCCGGGGUGUGCUGCUCCCUGGUCUGCGGGCCUACGCGGAGGUGCAGCACAGGUCACAGAGGUGGCCUCCGCUGCUCACUGGAGUGGCCAAGUCAGUGAGCAUGUGCACGCAGACCGAGGCGUGGGCGCAGAUGGGCCAGUGGGCUCGUGCGGGUGCGUAUUUCCCCUGGUACUUCAUACGCGGCCUGACGACCGGCAUCGCGGGGGCGGGCAGCCUCUUCAUCGCGAGGAGCACAGGCGUGCCCCAGCACCUGCUCAUCGCCUCGCGCGGCGUGGGGCUCACGCUGGGCCCCAUAGCGAUGGGCGACCUGCUCGGGCGGGCCGUGUGGAGCGGCAACGCGGAGUGCGCGUUCGCGCUGGCCCUGGCCGUCAAGAUGGCCACCGAGCUCGCCAUCCCGAGGCUUUCCAGCGGCCUGGCGCUGUGCUUCACCUUCUUUCUCUGCGGCUGGGCGAUGGCCGUCCUGGACACGCUCGGCAGCAUCCUGGUGACGCGCAUCCACGGCGAGAGCUGCAGCGGCACCUUCGCCCGCCUAGACAUGGCCUACAGCGUGGGCUGCGCCGUCGCCCCCUUUGUCGUGGUGGCGGUCCACGAGAGGGCCUGGCCGUUCCUCGCCGUCACGGACUUGGUGCUAGUGGCCGUCAUUGUUCGGAAGAGGCUGCUGCGGGGCAAGCCGCGGAACUGGAAGGCCAAGAUACGGGGCCUGCCCUACGAAGGACGCGCGUGCGGCAGGCUGGGCUCGGACGUGCGCCUCCGAGGGGGCGCAUGGUGCUGGGAUGGCCUCGUGCUGCGUCCUGCCCCGCUCCUCAAGGUCGUCCCGUUCAACCUGCGCAUCGCCGCGUGCGCCCGCGGGGCCGCCUGGGCAGAGGCCCUGCGCCUGCUGCUCGAGAUGCGCCGGCGGGGCCCGAGGCCCGACAUAGUGAGCUACAACAGUGCCGCGCACGCGUGCGCAGCCGCGACCCUGUGGCAGCGCGCCGCCGGCAUCUUGUGGACCCUGAGGCGGGGCGGCGGGCCCGCGCCAGACGCGGCGACCUUUGCGGCCGUCGUGAAGGGCCUCGGCAAGGGCGCCGUGUGGCAGCGCGCAGUCGCCGUGCUCGCGGACAUGGGCCGCGCCCGGGUGCGCCAAGACACCCUGAGCUUCGUCUCGGCCAUCGACGCUUGCGGGAGCGCGGCCUGCUGGCCAGCUGGCAUCGCGCUGCUCGGGGAGAUGCUCCGCUGCGGCCUCCCGCUGGGCAUCCACGCGCUGAGCGCGGUGGCCACGGCCUGCGUGCGGGGCGCGCGCUGGCAGGGCGGCCUGGCGCUCCUGCACGGCGCUGCCGCCGCGGGGCUGCGGCUGGACGAGGUCGCCAUCGGUGCCGGGCUGCAGGCGUGCGCCGCGGGGGCGCGGUGGGACGUCGGCCUGUCGCUCCUCGAGCGGGCGUCGCGCCAGGCCGUCAGGCAGGGCGCGCCGCUGCUCGAGGCGGCGGUCGCGGCGUGCGCCGCCGGCGGCCAGUGGGCCCGGGCGCUGGCCCUGCACGGGCGGCACGGCGCGCCGACCGCCGUGGGCUGCAACCACGCCCUCACGGCCUGCGAGCGCGGGCGGCAGUGGCAGGCGUGCCUCCUGCUGCUGCGCGAGAUGCCGCGGGCGAGGCUGGCCGCGGACGCCGCCAGCUUCGUGGCCGCGGCCCGCGGCGCGGCCGCCGCGCCGUGGCCCCUCGCGCUGGCGCUGCUGUCGGAAGCGCGGGCGCGGGGGCUGGCGCUCGGCUCCUUCGGGGCCCUCGCGGCGGUGGGCGCCUGCGCCAGCGGCGGCCAA